UUCCAGGUUGGACGCGCGCAGUGCAGUUUCGUUGGGUUGUGUAUCAGAGGACGCAUGAUUCUCAACCUUCGUCUCUCCCGAGCGGGAGUUGUAGCGAUGAGACAAGAUAGUAGCAACUAACAAUUGGAUACGAUGAAAUUGGGGAGAAAAAGGGGGUCCAUUUUUUUUUUAAAUUAAAAAAUGAACUUCAAAUAUCUGUGAACUGUGACUGUAAGGACUUCUCUCUGGCAAUGCAAAAGGACAAAGGACUGCUUGAAACAGUCAAGAGCAGCAAAACAUAUACAUGGGAAAAGUAGACUUGAGGCUGGCCAGUGAAGCAGAACGUGUCCAGUGAGACCAUCCCUGGCACGACAACAUCAAGGUAACACUACUGGCCGCCUCACUUCGCGUUCCUAGGAAUCAAUGCAAUAUUUUGUUUUUUUUUCAACCCCAUCGAACACCAUUGGGAUGAAUUGGAACGCCAACUGCGAGCCAGGCCUAAUCGCCCAACAUCAGUGCCCGGCCUCACUAAGCAAGUCCCCGCAGCAAUGUUCCAACAUCUAAUGGAAAACCUUCCCAGAAGAGUGGAGGCUGUUAAUAGCAGCAAAGCGGUACGCCAUAUUAAUGCCCAUGAUUUUGGAAUUUAAUGUUCAACAAGUAGGUGUCCACAAAGAUCGGAAACUGUUGCAAAUGAUGUUAAAUGCAGUAAUACAAUCAGUACAUGUACAACAUAUGUGGAACUGUCCUUUAACUGCACUCAAAUUGAUGUCCAUUUUUUAAACUCUUUUUGAAGAUCUACAAUGAGAAAAGAAGGCAGUUCAGCCUGGUAAAGAAUUCUCCUUAUGAGAUGGUGGAGAAGGUAGCUUCAGACAUCGAGAAGCUACUGGCCAAGAAAUGCAAAGCACUUGAUGUAAGUCAGCAAUUUGACUUCUAUUUAUUUCACAAAAAAACACUAACAGCCAGUUGGACGCACUGCCAAAUUCUCUAAAACGAUGUUGGAGGUGACUAUGGUAGAGAAAUUAACAUUCAAUCCUCUGGCGACAGCUCUGGUGGACAUUCCUGCAGUCAGCAUGCCAUUUGCACGCUCCCUCAACUUAUGGCAUUGUGUUGUGUGACAAACUUCACAUUUUAGAGUGGCAUUUUGUUACCCCCCAGCACAAGGUGCACCUGUGUAAUGAUCAUGCUGUUUAUUCAGCUUUUUGAUAUGCCACACCUGUCAGGUGGAUGGAUCAUCUUGGCAAAGGAGAAUUGCUCACUAACAGGAAUGUAAACAAAUUUGUGCACAAAAUUUGAGAGAAAUAAGCUUUUUGUGCGUAUGGAACAUUUCUGUGAUCUUUUAUUUCAGCUCAUGAAACAUGGGACCAAUACUUUACAUGUUGCGUUUAUAUUUUUGUUCAGUAUAUUUAGGAACACAAAAUGCCUCCCAAACCAGCUUUUCAGGUGUUUGUGAAAGCAAAGACAGGUGGAAGUUACAAUUCAAUUUGUGUUUCAGGAAACAUUUAUUUUUGUAUAGUUUAAUAUAUGUAUAGGAAACUGCCCCAUAAUGUAGAAGAUGUAUAGGAACAAUAAAAGACAAGGUUACAGAUUUCCUUUGUGCACAAAGGACAGCUUCUACAAACAUUGCAGUAUAGCAAUGAUUUAUAUUGCUUUUUAUAUAUGAUUUUUCCUUUUGCAAUGCAAAUAUUGUACUGUAUAUCGAUCAGGUCCUCUACCAAUUUUUCCUAUCAUCAGAAUAAAUGGUUUCUAAAAGAUAAUAUAAAAAUGUAUAAAAAAAUGUGAAUAGACCUACCUUGUUGGUACUAGUUCCUCCUGAGACUGAGACUCUGUUGUUCUGAAAAAAAGGAUUUCACCAGCACCUAUUUAUACUUGCACAAUUGAAAGUGAAAUUCAGGUGAGGAGGACUGUCUAGCUCUCCUAUUUCUCUAGCUAUUUCUUGUAAAUGGGGCCAUUAUAGUAAUAGAGGGACCAUAGUUUUACUUUCAAUAUAACUCUUUCACUUUUAUGAGGUGAAAUGGAACCAGAACCACCCAUGUCCUCCGUCCUCCGCGAGCACUAUGAGGUAGAAUAGAGCUAGCAACCAGCAUAGCAACCAGCAUAGUGACAGACGCUUUGGUUCAUUACAUAGGCCGGUCAGGAUUUCACAGGUUCUAGCAACGGCACUAGCAACAAACGCUAACAGCUAAUUGAAACCCGUUGUGACUCAGGGGUGGAAACCAUUUGGCAGUGGACACUAUUUGACAUGGCAGGCCCUGUUAUAAAUAAUGUGAAUAUCAUUUUUUGUUUAAAUAUCCCACCCAUUCAACUAGGACUAUUCAAAAUAAAGGGCAGGACCUUUGUUUUCUCUGUUCUCUAACCUGAACCUGCAGAGGCUGGCCAGUGAAGCAGAACGUGUCCAGUGAGACCAUCCCUGGCACGACAACAUCAAGGAGUGGAACAUGACGUAUUAUGAUUCCAAGGCAGAGCUAGACUAUGUGAGUAGAAAGUGAAAAGCUCAUUUCUACACAUCCUCUCUCAUUUGUUGGUAAAGCUUUUGAAAUCUGCUGAAGAAUGAAGUGGUAGUAAUAUUGUGUGUGUGCGUGUGUGUGUGCGUGCGUGUGUAUGUAUCUACGUGUGUACGUGUGUUAGCAGUACUCCCUGCAAGAUGGUGAUGGGGAAACAGUGAGCCCUCCACUACAGGUGGAGUUUGUGUAUGACCCUAACUUAAAAAAUAAGGUCAACUACUCCUUCACAGCCGUUCAGAUCCCCACAGACAUCUACAAAGGAGGAGUGGCAGUGUGAGCGGCCUCACUUUGAAGCUGAUCAAGUCAUCAGUGAUGGAGAUGCUGGACACUCUGUCUGAUGAUGACUAUGUCAACGUGGCCAGGUUUAAUGAAAAGGCUGAGGCAGUGGUCCCUUGCUUCAAACACCUGGUCCAGGCCAACGUUCGCAACAAGAAGAUCUUCAAAGAGGCUGUAAAGCUCAUGCAAGCUAAAGGCACCACAGACUACAAGUCUGGUUUCCACUUUGCCUUCAAUCAGCUACUAAACGUGAAUGACUUAAAGCUCAACACUCUGAACGACCGCAUUCUGUACGAGUGAUGCCCAAUUCUUUAGGGCUUCUACUAUUAAAUAGACAAGGACAUUUUCCAAAGAAAA